AUGUACAAUGUGCAUCCAAAAACAGUCAGAAGAAUUUGGAAGCAAGCAAGGGCACAAAAAGUGGCAUUCCAAAGAUACAACAUGGCAACAAAGGCAAAAAAUGCUGGCAGGAAACGCAUUCAAGUUGAACAAGACACAAUCACAAGCCUAACCAUGGGGGACAUAACAUGCAUUAGGGAUUUGGCAGAGAUGCUAGAUAUUGGACCAACAACACUUUGGAGAAUGAUAAAAAGGGGUGAUGUUAGGGCACACACAAAUCCCCUACAUCCGGGGUUGCAAAACCCCAACAUGCUACAAAGGGUCAAAUGGGUCAUAGAUUUACUAGAAGGGGACAAUCCACAAACAAAGAGGCAAUACCAACCAAUGUUUGAUUUUGUGGAUAUUGAUGAAAAGUGGUUCUACUUGAGCAAAAAAACACAAAGGGUGUAUUUGGGGAAGCAUGAAAGGGGCAAAUACAGAUCGGGAAGGUCAAGCAAAUUCAUACCAAAGGUAAUGUUCACAGCAGCAGUUGCAAGGCCUAGAUUCAAUGCUCAAAAUGAAUGCACAUUUGAUGGAAAAUUGGGGAUCUUUCCAUUCACUUAUCAAGAAGCAGCAAAGAGGAAUUCAAAAAACAGAGACAAGGGGACAAUGGUGACUAAAGUAGUUGAAUCAGUCAGAAAAGAAGAGACAAGGGACAUGCUCAUCAAUCAAAUUGUUCCAGCAAUCAUGCAAAAAUGGCCUCCAAGUGAAGGGCCAAAAACAAUAUUUAUACAACAAGACAAUGCAAGACUCAAUCUGAUGCAAUAUGGCAACAAGCACAUCAACAAGGUGACUUCACUUUCAUUCUAG